CUGUUUCUGAUUCGUUGCCCUACAUUCUAUGGUUAUGGAGGCUACGCACAUCGGCCUAACUGAAAACAUUGUUGCAGAUGUUCUUUUCAACGCCGAUCUUCUAGCUAUAAUCUGUCGAAACCUCUGGGACAAUGUGAAGACUGAUGGUUGUCCAUUGGGACCCAACGGCAGUCGCGUGCACCCACUUUUAUCUCUAGCUUUGACGUGUCAGGCAGUGUCAUCGCUGGCACUGGACACACUAUGGAGAGAUAUCCAAGAAUAUGGCUUUCAGCCCAUCUUGCGCAUUUUUCCGUCUGCCGCUUCAGGAAGUCUGCAGGUACUACCGGAAGAAAUUCCAGACGAGACAUGGGUCCGUUUCCGGCAGUACGCAAGUCGCAUUCGUUACAUUGCAUUUGAUCCCACCAGUUGUGCCCGCUUCUCUUCGACCAUAUUUCUUCGCCUGGCCGAAUAUCAGAAUCCCAUCUUUCCCAAGUUACAAUGUUUGAGAAGUGACGUGUCCUUUGUAGCUUCUCCUUCCAUCCUUCUCUUCCUCCCCACAAAAACGCUCAAUGAAAUACAAUUGACGUUCAGCCCUUCGACCGACGUCACCACGCCGUCGGCAUGUAUCCGUACCAUCAAAUGGCAGGUACCUGCCUUGCAAACACUCUAUAUCUGUUGUCCAGAGUUCGACAACGGCCAGUAUCGUGCCACGUCCUUCACCAAUCUCGCGAGCCUCAAAGGUCUUCGUGCUUUGACGAUCAAAUCCCACUUGGUAGACUACGAUGCCCUCGUACAGCUCUCUGCAUUCAAUAACCUCGAGCACCUUUGCGUGAAAACUACAUCGAACAUACCUAGCGACAGCCGUCAAGCCCAGGGCGGCUUCCCUUCCCUCAAAUCUCUCCAUAUCACUGCCAAAGUAUCAGAAAUGCCGCGUAUCCUCCGACUCGUGCGUCAAGGUACGCUCGAGACGCUCACGUUCGUCGAUACCUCCGGCGAAGCCUUCCGCACCAACUCAGAGUUCAUGAUGGACUUUUAUCGUGAACUGUUAGCGCGCUUCCCACUGCACAAUCUCUCGCUUACCUACUACCGUGCAGCACAGCUCGAUAGAGCACUCUGGGCCUCCUCGAGAGCGGUGUUCGAACCGCUGUACGAGCUGCAUCGCUUGAGAUCUAUACAAUUUGUGGGCGAGCUGGCGUUGGAUGAUGAGACGAUCAAAACACGUCUCGCGCCGGCAUGGCCUCAUAUCGAGUUGAUUUCGAUCCCUCAGUUGUCAGGGAACAUACCUUCGUGUGCGAUGCUGUCCGUCUUGGCUAGGUGCUGUCCAAGACUCGUGUUGUUGUCCAUGCCUUUCGAGUUUCCCAGUGAUGGAGGAGCACUACCGGAAGAUGUGCUUUCACAUCGGCUGCAGACGUUGAAGUCGGUGAAUACAACAACGAAAAAGCCAGCUCUCAUAGCAAGGUUCUUGGAUAGAAUCUUUCCAUUCUUGGUGCGCGUUGAAGGAGGGUCGGGUUGGAGUGAGGUUGAUUCGAUUCUUCGGCAUGUAUGUCAGCCGAUUCGGUGGGAUCAGCAUCAAAGGGAGCGGGGGCAGUCUAAAGAGCACCAAAAGUAGAAUGUAUCAUCCCAACCAUGCGGAAAAUAUCAUAUAUUCAUGGACAAGUAUCUAGUUUAUCGAC